AUGGUCACCUGUCCUCGUAAACCAAGACCCGUGGAACCCACCAAGACCCGGUGGAACCCACUCAAGACCCGGUGGAACCAACCAAAGCCGGUGGAACUCCACUGUGCCGGGUGGAACCACCAAGAGCCGGGUGGAACCCACCAAGAGCCGGGUGAAGCCCACCAAGAGCCGGGUGGAACCUUACUGUGCCGGGUGGAACCCACCAAGAGCCGGGUGGAACCCACCAAGAGCCGGGUGGAACCCACCAAGAGCCGGGUGAAGCCCACUCAAGAGCCGGGUGGAACCCACCAAGAGCCGGGUGGAACCCACCAAGAGCCGGGUGGAGCCACUAAAGAGCCGGGAGCCACCAAGAACCUGGGAUAA